CGCCGCCUUCCCGCUUCGCCGGCGCUUAUGCCGGGCUCCCCAUGACUGGAGGAAGCCCGGCGAGCAGCGUGGCAUGAGCCAGGAGCCCGGGCCGAGGCCUUCCCACAGCCCCUUAGCCCAAUGGAGGGCCUGAUCGAGGCCCACUCCCCAUGGCACCUGGACCAAGACUGUGGGUCGGUGCCACCUGACGAUGUCCCCGUGGAAGCGGAGUUGCAGGCCCCCAGCUCGCCUGACUGGAGCGACGGAGGAAGAUGUCCAGCCCCGGAGUCGACGGCGACCCCAAGCCCCCAUGCUUGCCUCGAAAUGGCCUGGUGAAGUUACCAGGCCAGCCCAAUGGUCUGGGUGCAGCCAGUAUCACCAAGGGCACACCCGCUGCCAGGAACCGCCCCUGCCAACCACUGCCCCCACCCACUCUUCCACCACCCAGCCUGGCUGCCCCGCUGCCCCGGGCUGCCCUGGCUGGGGGCCUGUGCCCCCCAGCAGGGAUCCCCCUUGGUGGACCAGCCUCAGCCCCAGCACCUGGGCCCCCAGUGGAGCGGCCACCACUGGCCACAGAUGAAAAAAUCCUCAAUGGCCUCUUCUGGUACUUCUCGGCCUGCGAGAAGUGUGUGCUGGCCCAGGUGUGCAAGGCCUGGCGACGUGUGCUCUACCAGCCAAAGUUCUGGGCGGGCCUCACACCUGUGCUGCACGCCAAGGAGCUCUACAACGUGCUGCCUGGUGGUGAGAAGGAGUUCGUGAACCUGCAGGGCUUUGCUGCUCGAGGCUUUGAAGGCUUCUGCCUAGUCGGAGUCUCAGACCUGGAUAUCUGUGAGUUCAUCGAUAACUACGCCCUGUCGAAGAAGGGCGUCAAGGCCAUGAGCCUCAAGCGUUCCACCAUCACUGAUGCUGGCCUGGAGGUGAUGCUGGAGCAGAUGCAGGGUGUGGUCCGCCUUGAGCUCUCUGGCUGCAACGACUUCACUGAGGCAGGGCUGUGGUCCAGCCUGAGUGCGCGCAUCACGUCACUGAGCGUGAGUGACUGCAUCAAUGUGGCAGAUGACGCCAUCGCAGCCAUCUCGCAGCUGCUGCCCAACCUGGCUGAGCUGAGCUUGCAGGCCUACCAUGUGACGGACACGGCCCUGGCCUACUUCACAGCACGCCAGGGCCACAGCACCCACACCCUGCGCCUGCUCUCCUGCUGGGAGAUCACCAACCAUGGUGUGGUCAAUGUGGUGCACAGCCUGCCCAACCUCACUGCGCUCAGCCUCUCCGGCUGCUCUAAGGUCACUGAUGACGGUGUAGAGCUCGUGGCUGAGAACCUGCGCAAGCUGCGCAGCCUCGACCUCUCUUGGUGCCCGCGCAUCACUGACAUGGCGCUGGAGUAUGUGGCCUGCGACCUGCACCGCCUGGAGGAGCUGGUGCUGGACAGGUGUGUACGCAUCACGGACACUGGCCUCAGCUAUUUAUCCACCAUGUCGUCCCUCCGCAGCCUCUACCUGCGAUGGUGCUGCCAGGUGCAGGACUUCGGGCUGAAGCACCUCCUGGCCAUGAGGAGUUUGCGUCUCCUGUCUCUGGCAGGAUGCCCGCUGCUGACCACCACCGGGCUGUCGGGCCUGGUGCAGCUGCAGGAGCUGGAGGAGCUGGAGCUGACUAACUGCCCCGGGGCCACCCCCGAACUCUUCAAGUACUUCUCGCAGCACCUGCCCCGCUGCCUCGUCAUCGAGUAGCGCGGGGUCUCCUCGCCCCCGUCGCGGGAACCCUCCGGGCUCUGGGCGGGGACCCGAGGGCGCCGCUCAGCCCCACUCUCCCCGCACCUCCUCGGCCGG